UGGGGAUUUCUCAUCUAUCGCAAAGCUUCAACCAGCGGGCUUAUCCGACAAUGGCUCAUAGAUACACAUCUGCCGAGAAAGGAAAAUGGAUCCCAUCUCGCUCAACUUCGGAGAGACGUACCCCUAUCCAAAUCCCUGCAAGCAACAGUUCAGCACUCAUAGAGGAAAAUAAACUCACGUUGAUUGGACGAGUGACAAACCCUGCAGCUCAGAAACCUCAAUGGGUGGUCGAAUGGCUCUUGCAAGUCUGGAAUCUUGACUCAGUAGUGGUGGGACGACCCUUGGGCCCAGAUCUACUUCGCCUGGAAGUCAAUGGCCUCAAACCUCUAGAGAUGAAGGUGCCUAUUCGUCUUCCCUCGGGAGAAAACUUGUGGCUAACACUCGAGUAUGAAAAACUGGAAAAACACUGUUUCCUCUGUUUUUCCCUCCUCCACGAGGAAAAAGACUGUCACCUUAAACCUGCAGAUGCUUUAAGAGAGACCUCAGUCAGGGGAAUAAACCAACAAAAUACGAUAAUCUCCCUAGAGGAAGCUAGAAGGAGGCAUCAGCACAGAGCAGGAGACCUUCUACCACCCCAAAGAAAAGAAGACCUCAGCCGAAGGGAACCCUCUAGAUCCUUCCACAGAGACACCUCCCAUCACGAGAGAUCCCAAAUCUCUUCUCGCCCUCGCAGAAGCCCUUCUCCACUCAGGUCAAGAGGCAUCGAGUCCUGGCUUCAUUACCCCUCCCGUGGGGAUUUUCAUCAAAACCUUAGCAGGGAAUAUAACCGCCAUGAUGAUAGAAGAACCAACAGAAGCAGAUCCUACACCCACCAAAGAGAAGAGACUCCCACUCGGUCAGUCUUUAAUCAACCAAACAACAAGGAACCCACCCCUACAGUGGGUAGCCACUCAGAAAAGGGAUCAAAAGAGGCGUCACCAAGAUUUACCUCUAAUGCCCAGGGGAACUUGCACCGUAUCUCUCCACAGACAUCUCAGAGGACAAUAGGGUCCCACAGCCCUCCACCAAAUCCUCCAAGGGAGGACAUGCGUUUACCGUCUAAUACGGAAAGAGGUAAUGAGACUAGCCCACACCAAAGGAACAACAGCUCCAGCUUACUCUCUGAGAGACUCCAAGAGAUAGAAAUACAGUAUGAUGGCUCGCUAGGGGGACUCCCAUCAGAGGCCAUCUCACAGGGGGAGAGACUCCACCCAACACUCCGCCUCGGGGGCCCAAUACCUACAAAACGGAAGACUGGUAAACAACCAGAUACUAUCCGACUUCUUAUCCCAAACUCCCUUAAACCCCCGGAUACCCGAGUCUGGUUACCUGAUAAAUCAGGAAUGUUCUCAAUAAAAACUGGCUACAACCUGCAAAAACGGUUCAAUCAGUUUGGUGAUGCAGAGUUCAGCUGGUUCCAGUAUAUUUGGAACCUUAACACUUCGCAAAAAAUCAAACAUCACUUUUGGAGAGCAACUAACGGAGCCCUUCCGAUCGGCUUGAACAUCGUCUGGCCAGGUAUCGACGCCAACUCUAGCUGCUCACGUUGUGGAGAACAGGAAACAGUCACCCACAUUUGGCUGGAUUGCCCCCUCCUGAAAUCCCUCCACAAGACAAAGAACCUCCCAUGGUCAGGACUUACUGAGACCCCCCUCUUUCCUUGGAUCCUCUGGUACCUCUGGACCUCCAGAAACAGUCUGAUCUUCGAAAGAACGGACUUUUCACCAUCGGAUCUAGCCGGAAAAGCCACUCGGGAAGCAUCAAGCUGGCCAUCAGCAAACAAAGCUCCCCCCCAGAUACCCGAGAAGCAUCCAAAAUCGAAGAAGCUACAUCACUCCCCCACGGCAGCGAUCUGUUGCACGGAUGGGGCUUGGAUAGCAAGCUCGAAGCUGGGAGGCAUGGGAUGGACGAUCUCGGAUCCCCAAGGAGCUCUGAUCAUCAGCAACUCUUCGGCGAGACCCUUCAUCUCCUCAGCUCUGGUAGCCGAAGCUCUGGCGAUCUUAGCGGCCCUCCACAAAGCCCUCUCGGCGAAUAUACGGGAUCUACAUAUACAAUCGGACUCGGAAGUCCUCAUCAACAUCCUGCAUGCAAGAACGGAGCAGACAGAGAUAGCAGGCAUCAUGAUCGACAUC